AUGGGGUGCAAAGCGUCCACAGUGCGCAACAGCGAGUCGUCUCACGAUAGCAGGACAGCGUCACCCGGAGUCUCCUCCUCCCCCAACACCAAUGCGUCCACGCGUUACAUGCCGAAGAAUUUGACCUCGACGUCGCCGUACCGCAGCAACCGAAAAGAAGACAGUGGCGAGGCCAACGGUAGCUACACCAGGGAUGGGAGGCUCAGUCACACGCAGUACGUAGACGCGCAGGACGACGACCCCUUCGCGACGCUAUCGCAGGAGAUGGUAAAUCAGAGCGACAGCGAUCUCACCCGGGGCGUCUUCCCCACCGGCAAACGCAUGGGAGACAUGCCCAGUCUUCCGUGCCACUCGUCAGACCCCGCCUUUCCGCGCCUAGCAGAGGACGUUGUCAGGGGUAACGACCACACGGCCGUAGCACACCAGCGCAAGGGGACAGCUGAGAGCCACUUUGACCCUUUACCGGUACCGGACGUGGCGCAGCUGCAGGAAGGCGCGGGUACCCGGGUAGCGAACAGCAGCCUGCCAUCGCGCACCAUCACAGUCGACAGCAGAGACUGCAGCGCCACCUUUCGGACGGAGAUUGACAUGCACGAUAAGACAGACUCAGUACAGGCGGCAAAGGAAUAUCAGCAGCACGUGCAGGCCAGGCGGUCCACCGAAGCCGCGCACACGAAGCGGCGUCAACUAGAGGAGUUUGAUCCAGUGCGGCCGGUGGACAGCUUCAAUGUGACGCACCGUGGCUUGCUUGGGCGCUGCUGGGACCGACGUGCACCGGAGCUGGUUCUGAUCUCCUUCGCUUACGCCAUGGAGGCGGCGCUGCAGGCUGCCGAGGAGACGCAUCUAGGUAGGACUACCACCUCACCCCCGCCCGGGGCAGAGACCGAGAGGGACGAGCACCCGUUUGCCUCACCACGCGUCCCCCUAACACCGCUGAGCCACACCACUGGACACCUCCCCGGUGUCUCGGGAAGCAGAGGGCCAUCGCAGGCGAUGCCGGGGUCGCCGCGCAGUUGUAGCUUGGGCGGGCGUCGUUUGCCACGCCGCUCGCACUGGUUCAGCGUCAGCUGCGACACAACGUACUCCCCUGCCAAGGGCGGCGAUCUGGGCAACGAAGCAGGCAUGACGGUGUCCUCCUUUUAUAUGAGCAGCGGCGUCGCGUCCCCGAUCAUGACAUGGCCCUGUCCGAGCGGCUCAAGGCUUCCGCUGUCAGCCUCGUUACCUGCGCUGAACAGGGCUGGUAUCGCUCCACUGAGAAGCAAAUCGAAGCCCCUCAUGGCCACAGAAGCCUCCUCAGCAGUAAUAUACGGUGGCACCACCGAGGGCUUAUCCGACGAGGAGGACGGCGGCACCGCGCAGCCGCGUCAGCCUCUAACACCGGAGCAGAUCUCCGCGCUGUCAAUGGAGAAGCGCGGGCAGUACUACAACGACUUCCUCGCCCGAGACCCGCGUUUCAUGGGGAUCAAAGACUGUUUCGCCUUCCGCCUUGCGGAUGGCGUCGGCGAGGACCCGAGCACCAAGUUUCUGCGCAAGCGUAACCUGGAGCCGGCACCUGGGGUGGUGGCCAGGCAGUGGAACCGAGUUGAGUUCGUCCACCCUACUCUGCACACGCUUAUCCGUGCCGUGGCCAUGACGCACGGCAUGACGCUCAACGCAAGCCAGCUGGAGAUGCUGCAGCGGCAGGCGGGCGGCGCCAUGGCUGAGAUGCCGUCGCGGGCCUCUUUCAGUCAGUACCUUCUGUCUCACACUGAGAACCGCAGCUUCUCGCGUGGCGGCGGCAGCCUCAACACGUCCUUCCUGUCUCAGCCAGACAAGCCGCAAAGCACCAGCGACACCCCUGGCAGCUACACUAACAACUCUUUACUGAGUCCACCACGCAGCUACAACCAUCAUCCCGGCAAGGGCGGCAGAAGCAAGGCCGACCUCUUUGCGGCUACGAGGUUCCCAGAGGACAGCGUCUUGUCCCUCGCGCUCGGUAUUCCUAAGUCGCGUCUGCCACGGCUAAUGGGAGCGUCACUGCCGCCCCAGCUGGGUACCGUCAGUCGCACAAAUAGCUCCCCAGCAUUCGCAGCUGCUCCGAAUGUCUCUCGGGACGGUGACGGUGGGCCAGCGGCAUAUCCAGGCCUCUCCGGCACGCCGCAUGGCUCUUUCGCCUGUGCUGCGUCGGACGGAAGUGUACUGGUCGCCCUUAGCGUGAGCAGCUUUAGCGUCUCGAUCGACCCCCUCCGCUGGCAAGAAAACUGCUACAUGCGGUAUCCUGUCAACAUGAACGCCUCCAAUAAGGCGUCCCGGCACGCCUGCGGCGAGGGUAUCGUGACGGACAUCAUGUACGGCGGUGUCAUGUUUGUGGAGGCCUCGUCGGCCACGGCGGCAAAGGAACUGCAGACGCUGCUGGCCAGCAUGACGUGGACGGAGGGCCGCACUUUGGAUGGCGUCGUUGGUGACGUGCGCAAGCACCUGAUAACCUUACACGGAAAUCGCAGUAAGCUGCGGCAGGCAACAGCACCGCCGCGACGGACCACAGCAGAGACAGAGACGGCAUUCGACGCUGGCACCCAGACACGUCACGGCUCCGGUGUGCAGCAGCAGCAGCAAGAGCAGGCGGAAGAAGAGAAAAGCCACCAGUAUCGCAUCUGCCGCCGAAUCGGUGGCCGUCCCAUGCGUGAUGCCGUGGAAUUGCAGGAGAUCUCGUACUUCUUCGAUGACUUUGAGGUGCGCGAAGAAUGCGUCACGUUAAGCCUGCCCAUACAGCCAGUCGACGCCGCCGCAGCAAGAGACGCCGCUGUCGGGUCUGGCGGAUCGACGGACCGACCCGCUAUUUUCGAGUCGAGGCACACCUGCAACGGCAGCAGCCUUGUAGCGGACCCGGAUGUCUCGCGACCCUUUUCGUGCGUGGCCUCAGUGUGGGUGAAGCUGCCCGUCAUCGCAGCCGUGUUGCGCACGUGGGGCCUGCACCUGCUUUCAAACCCCGAAUUCGCGCAGCCGACAGCGCUGUUCUUGCAGAGGUACGCCGGCAUCGCACCUGCCUUGCAGCCUACCGUCCUCGGUAGCUUCUGCAGCGAUGGUGACACACCAAGCGAAGAGGUCGACGAUGACGUCGACUACCUCUUCUUCGAAAGCGGCGACGCGAGCUUCACGACGCCGCCUUCUGCCGUCAACGAAGCCACUCAUCCGCAGCCCGCGCCGCGGAUUCCAGAGUUUAAUCGCUUUUAUGCGUCCAAGCCCAGCACUUCUUCAUCCACAACGGGCGAUCCCCACGCCAGUCACCCCAGCACCGAGGCACAAGUUCAACGGCGGCAGUCGGAAGACAGGGAUGUGCCGCACGUGUCAUGCUCGCCUGCCAAAAUGCACAAGAGCAGCAACACGGCCCUGGAUGUGCGUGAUGCCAGCGGGGCAGUCGCGGAGAAGCUAUCGCUCAAGAAGCCGAGCGAGGAGACCCAUGACUUGAUUGGCCUCAAGAGUCACAGCCAGGACACAUUGAAGGACGAAGCAAUGCACUUGGCGGACAGCGUGAAUAGCUGCUGGACAGUGCCGGGGGGGACGUCGGGCGGCGGUCGGCAACAUAGCAGCGUUUCGAGCUCCAUCGAUACGCAGGACAACAAGCACGUCAUCGCCAGGCCAUCAGGCGCUGCCAGGGAAAGUAGCAAGCACGCGCUGCGGACAUUGCGGCGCAGAUCAGGGUCUAACAAGUCCGGGCGCAAGCGCGCGGCUAACCUGAGAUUGGCUAGCACCUACCCCGUUACGCAGUGCAACUCACCGCACUCUCCCGGGACUGGCACACGACCACAAUCACGCCGCAACGACCUGGACGGCGAGCGGGGUAGCCAGUCGUCGGCGUCCUCUUGCCCAUCCCCCAACUCCCCAACCGUAACGAAGGAAGGCACGAAUGACUACCAGGCAAACCUGAGCAGCUUGCUGACCAGCUGCUGCAACACGCCAUGCCUGCACGGAAGCCCAUCGCCCCAGUCGGCGUACCAGAGACUUCUGGGCAAGUGCCGGAGGGGGUCCACCGGUGCCCCGUCGCCUUCGUCGCCAGCGGAAAGCGGUAAAAAGGCGAUCGUGUCACACGUGCCGACGACGCCGCUGCUCACUGAGGCUGACCGCUUUGCCAUGCCGCUGUCUCUGCGCGCUUUAAACGCUGAGGAGGAGCUUGCCCCUAUCGCGGUGACCAGAGCCGAGUCGAGUCCCAUGGCCACCACGGUGAGCGCGGCGACUGCCGUGGCCUCAGGCAAGGCGGCAGGGCGGCACGUCUCCAAGGUGAGCCUCGACUCGUCGCACUCCCCCAAAGAGCCUCAGACGUGCCUCACCACGGCGAACAGCAGCGGGAACAACGGAAGCGCAGAGACUCCAUCGGCGCAUGCAGACAAGGCCACGGCCACGCCAUCAACAGAAUUGAAGACGGUAGCACGAGCAGCAGUGAAGGUGCCCGCCAAGCGGCUGCCGUCACGGAAAGGAGGAAGGGUGGCAGCACGGGCAAGAACAACCGCAACGCUGACGGCCACGACAACGAAGGGAGUCACCUCUGAUGAAGCCCCCGUCAUUAUGACCACUAAACUCAAAGGUGCCAUGACCACUUCAACGCGCGGAAAGGCGGCAAGGACCGGGAAGAUGGAACCGGUACUGGUCAAGCAGGCGCAGACAUCCGUCACGCAUUCCGUGGCGACUGUGGAGCCUGCGUACCAGCCUCUGCUAUCGCCCGUUACGAACCUGUCCAGCAGAGAAAUCGUGGUGAAUAGCGCCAAGGCCUCGAGUGGGUUGCACGCAGCAGAAGACGAAGAAGAAGAGUUGUGGCGCAUGGUCAUGCUAGAGGUAAAGGCCCAGCAGCAGGAGCUCGAGGAUCUGCGUCAAGCAUGCCGCGACGCCGAGGACGUGGGGAGGCAACGGCAAGACAUGCUUCGCCUCCUCAACCGAAUUCUGCUGCCGCACACCUCCCCGCAGGAGCUCGACUGCGUGCUGCUGUACUUGAGGACGGCCCUCUACGAGCCAGAGGACAUUCCGCAUGGCCGCCUUUUCCUGCCGCAGCCGAGCUGGCUGCCGAUGCUGGCCGCCAUCUGGACAGCCCCGGCAAAUCGAAUUCGAACGGUGGAAAUCGCAGCGGAGUUGACGUGGUUAGAUAUCCCACGUCUCGGUCUCGUUGCCGGCCUGCUGUACCACCAGUAUGCGUCUGGGCCUCUGGAGGAACUGAUAAUAAGGGCCGACAAGCUGCUCGGAUCCUCUCAGGAGACCGCCAUGCUGCCGAAGAACUACAGCAGUGACGCGGACCUCGUGGACGACACGGCGGUACGGUCGAGAACGUUCCGCCUGCUGACCGGCCGCUUCCGCAAGUCCAGGCGCAGCACGGGCAAAGGCAACGGCGCCGGCGUCGACCGAAGUAGUAAUAGUACUUUGCACUUCACGACGGAGCUGGAUCAGGUGACCAGCGGCUUUCCCCCGGGGUGUCCACCGUUCUUCGUCACACCCGAGGAGGCCCGCGACACGCUGUGGCUGCUGCUGUGCUCCGUGGCGGUCAACACGACAGCUCCGACGUUCCGCAUGGUGCUUCACGGGCUGCCAGCGGGUGAGGGCAGCGGGGCUGGCCGCGUUCGCCACCACGCCAAAGCCCGCACCCCCUCCACGCGUCUCGCUUCCUUGUUUUCCGGGGCGGCCGCACGCUUCCGCCACGAAGACGGCGACACGCAACUCCUACUCAAGUCCCGCUCCAUGCUGCUGGACAGCUUUGUUGUUUGCCCAGGCUCGCCGCUGCUGACCGGCCGAGACGCUCACAGCCACGUGCGGCAGUCGGACAGCAGCGGCGUUGGCGCCAACGUGACGCACAACAGCACCGCCUACGACGAAGGUCAGUUGUGCGUCACCAACGGCUCUGUACGGCUAGAUGAGGAUGAGACUGCGGCGUCGUCCUCCAUAUCCGCGCAAAGGACAGGAAACGUGUCUCUGCAGAACUCGCCCGUUUUGGCCAUGUCCUUAACCACAGCAACGAUGAGUGGCAUCGGCGAGGCGGCAUGCUUGCCAGACCAGCACGGGUGCAACCCAAACAACACCUUCACAGCUGUUCGCCCUAUCGUGACGCCUACCCAAUGCACUGGUGAGACGUCAGCAGGUGUAGUAAAUGGCGGAGGAAGCGACGGUUUCAUUCGAGCGGUUGGGGCCGUGCAGACGCACCAGCAUAGCGUGCAGCUCCACCGCGCGUGGAUGCGUAACGGCAACUGUGUAGAGGGGCGGCCUUUCUACCAGUUGCUGGUGCACCGCCGCGGUGCGGCCGAGGGAACCACAGCAGCGGCCCAAAACGACCCCAACGGCGCGGCGAGCAAACCGACACUGUGGAGCGCCUACCCUAACAUCCCAUGUCACCCCCAUCCUCACAGCGGCACGCGCUUCGAUGGGGAACCUGACGGACAGCAGUCUCUGCAAGAAUCCGUUAGUCAGCCGGCCACGCUCGCGACGGCUACAUCGGAGGCGCCGUCACAGCAGCGGCAGAGCUCAUCAUCGCCCUCUCCACCGCACCAUUUCCCUUGCAGUGACUUCGUUCAUGGGCUGCGGACAGCGGCGGAUGAACAAGUGGCUCUGCAGAGCGAGGCGGCCGCGCUGCGCGAGCGGGCCGGCGACAUCUGGGAGGCACUGCGCAAGUCUGUCAAGCAUCACAAUGAGCUUCAGAUGGAGGCACAUCAAAAGACGAUGAAGCGGAAUGGCGGCAGUGGGUCACCUUCAUCACCGCCCCCGCCCCCGGUGCGGCAAAUUGUGCUGGAGUACUAG